AUGUCUGGUCCACACUGCUUCCCUGACAGGCCUAAUGAGACCCAGGUGGUCCCCUGGCCCCUGGCAGUCCGUCUCGUCUCCCACCACCAGGCUCUCCCAGCUCUGCCUCUGCUGCUGCUGCUGCUCCUCUCUACACCUCCCUGUGCCCCCCAGGUCUCCGGGAUCCGGGGAGAUGCUCUGGAGAAGGCCUGCCUUCCGCAACCCCUGGACUGUGAUGAUAUCUACGCUCAGGGCUACCAGGCAGAUGGUGUGUACCUCAUCUACCCCUCUGGCCCCAGUGUGCCAGUGCCUGUCUUCUGUGACAUGACAACUGAGGGCGGCAAGUGGACGGUUUUCCAGAAAAGAUUCAAUGGCUCAGUGAGUUUCUUCCGGGGCUGGAACGACUACAAGCUGGGCUUUGGCCGUGCUGACGGGGAAUACUGGCUGGGGCUGCAGAACCUGCACCUCCUGACACUGAAGCAGAAGUAUGAGCUGCGAGUGGACUUGGAAGAUUUUGAGAACAACACAGCCUAUGCCAAGUAUAUUGACUUCUCCAUCUCCCCCAACGCAGUCAGUGCUGAGGAGGACGGCUAUACCCUCUACGUGGCUGGCUUUGAGGAUGGUGGGGCAGGUGACUCCCUGUCCUACCACAGUGGCCAGAAGUUCUCCACCUUCGACCGAGACCAGGACCUCUUCGUGCAGAACUGUGCAGCCCUCUCCUCAGGAGCCUUCUGGUUCAGAAGCUGCCAUUUUGCAAAUCUCAAUGGCUUCUACCUGGGUGGCUCCCACCUCUCUUAUGCUAACGGCAUCAACUGGGCCCAGUGGAAAGGCUUCUACUACUCCCUCAAGCGCACCGAGAUGAAAAUUCGUCGGGCCUGAGGGGCUGGCCCAGGCAGGCCCUAUCUCUCCCCUGGAAGCCCCAAGUCUCCAUGCUGUACCCAUAAGACACUGCUUCUGCGGCUUUCUGAGCACCAGCAAUGUCCUAGCAAAUCCCUGUCCCAUGUCUGGGGUAACCAUUCCUAAGCCAGGCUAGGCUGUCAGCAGCCCAGCAGGCCUUUCUGGGGCCAGGCCAUUCCAGCCUGGUCUAGCAGAACUCUACAAAAACUCCAAGUUGCUCCUACUCCUUCCAGACAACUGAAAGCCAUAAGCUACCUGCUGGCUGCCAGCGUUCACACUCCUUCGCACUCCACCUCAGGCCGUCUCCUCACGGCAGACCCACCCGUUUGGGGCUACUCUAGACAGUAAUGCAGCACCUAUGGCACUCGCCAGCCAGCGCUCCCACCACCACACUUCCCACUCUCGGUCUCCCCCAUCCAAUUACUCCAUUAUAGUGAGCACCACGGAGCCCAACCCCACUUGCUUCCUAGUUCUUCAAAGUUCGAUGCCAAAACAAUAUUCACCACAACAAUAACUCACCAACCCUGAAGUAGCCACUGGCAAGAUGGCAUGUUAACUAGGUCCCCUGCUUGCUCAGCGAUUGUCAUUAAAGGCGGCAAAGAACAAUCUGUGGGACUGGGAGUGGGUGGGAAGUGGAGGUCUCAAUAAACCUUCAGGAUCUGAUGGACUGGC